AUUAAGUAUUAACGUUCUUAAAUAGAUAGUUUAUGAAAGAAUAACAUCUCAAAAAAAAAAAAAAAAAAUUUGUGAAAGAAUAAAUGCAGACAUAGGGUUUGUAUGCUUCUUUUCGAUGUUUCUCUCUUUUUCGUCAAAACAAAUUCACAAAUCACAACCCAGAAAAAAUCAAUAAUUGUCUCACUCUUUUCGUAGUAGUUGUACUUCAAUUCUCUAUCUCUCUUUCGUUUCAUCUGCUUGAAAAAACCAGACAAAAAUGGCAGCGGAAGCAUCUAGAUCUAGUUCCAGUGCUGGUUCUGCAGAUUCUUAUCUUGGUAGUUUGAUUAGUUUAACUUCAAAGUCUGAAAUCCGUUAUGAAGGCAUUCUUUUCACCAUUAAUACCGAAGAGGCUAGCAUCGGUCUUCGCAACGUUCGAUCCUUUGGAACAGAAGGUCGCAAAAAAGAUGGUCCACAAGUUCAAGCGAGUGACAAAGUUUAUGAAUAUAUUGUAUUUAGAGGUAGUGAUAUCAAGGACUUGCAAGUCAAAUCUUCCCCGCCUGUCCACACAACUCCUCCAGUUCACAAUGAUCCAGCUAUCAUACAGUCGCAGUAUGCUGCUCCAACUGCAUCUGCUAGUUUGCCCCCUGCUUCUGGUACUGCUGCUGGACCCUUAUCAGAUUUUAAUAACCAGAUAUCGCAGCCUGGAGCACCGGUAGUCCCCAUGUAUCAACCUGGAGGGAAUUUGGCUUCAUGGAAUCCUUCAACUCCAUCCGCAACUAAUGGCAGUGGUCUUUCUGUACCUAUGUAUUGGCAAGGAUAUUAUGGCCCCACUGGUUCUGUACAGACACAGCAGCAGUCAUUACUUCGACCUGCUCAAGGGCUGUCAAUGCCACCUUCAAUGCAGCCCCCAUCAUCGCAGCAACUAGUUCAGAAUUCAACCAUACCAAAUGCUGCUUCCAGUACAUCUUUUUCACAAUCCAUCGAGUUUCCCCCUCCUUUGCUACAGCCCAUUGUUAGCAGCUCUCUAUCUAUGCAACCUAAUAUGCAUACUGUUCAGUCUUCUGCUCUAGCUGCAGACUCCUUAACUAAUAUUAUGGCUUCGAAGGUUCCUGCCCAAGUUGAACCAGUUAUAUCCCAGAAUAAUAACUCAUCCUUUGUGUCUCCUGCGUUGCCUAAUCUAUUGGAUAAAAGUACCGUUCCACCUUUGGUCUCUAACCAGGCUAGACCAACAUCUACUACAAUGCCCUUCAACAACUUAUCUGAAAAUUUGUCUGCUACUGGUUUAAAGUCUACUUCACCUGCGUUGGUGACUCCAGGUCAAUUUUUACAACCUGGACCCACCAUCUCAUCAUCUCCACAAAUGCAGCUGAAGGAUGUUGAAGUAGCUCAGGUAUCCUCAAUGGCGUCAUCACCAAUUCCAUCAGUAGUUUCAGCAACAGCAGCUGCAACAGUUCCAGUAUCAAAUGAAGCUCAGGGACCACUUUUGCCGCUUCCCUCACCUUCAAAUUCAAAGAUGAAUGGAGUUCCUUCUCAUAGUCGUAAUGUCAAUCGGGGUGGCCGUGAUCGAAGAAGAGGGAAUGAGUUUUCUCAUUCUGCAGCCAACUUUACUGAAGACUUUGAUUUUGAGGCAAUGAAUGAGAAAUUCAAGAAAGAUGAAGUAUGGGGACAUCUGGGUAAAAAUAAAGUCAAGGCUGAUGAGGGGUUAGAACUUCAAGAUGAAGAUGAUGAUGUUGAUGUGCCAAUAGUUGAUACAAAGCCUGUUUACAAGAAGGAUGAUUUCUUUGAUACUUUGUCCUGCAACGCACUUGAUCGUGAAUCUCGUAAUGGAAGGACUCGGUUUUCAGAACAAAUGAGGCUUGAUACUGAGACAUUUGGCAAUUUCCAGAGAAACAGGGGAUUUCGAGGCGGUAGAGGACCUGGUGGUGGCCGUUCGCGAGGUGGUUGUUCACGACCUGGUUAUCACGGAAGGGGUAAUGGCUAUGGCUAUGGUUACGGCUAUGGCUACGGUUAUGGUUAUGGUGGAAGGGGCGGGCGAGGGCACAAUGUGUACCGUGCCAUCUAGCCGUCACUUCGUAAUAUCCCAGCAAUAUAAGAGCUAGGUCUUCUGGCCUCCCUUGUAGCCUUGGUGGUUUAGCCUGUUUAUAUGCACCCCAAGACCAAGAAUUGGAGGUCUGGUGAUAGGGUAGUAAAAC